AUGUAUCAGCUGCCACUCAACACAGCCCACAAUGCGUCGCGAAUCAUAGUGAACAGAACCCAACUGCAAGUGGUGGACAAAUUCACGUAUCUUGGCAGUAUCCUCUCCCGCAGCAACAAAAUCGACAACGAAGUUGCGCGUCGCAUUUCCAAUGCCAGCCAAGCAUUCGACCGUCUGCAGAACACCGUCUGGAACCGUCACGGUCUCCAUCUCAACACAAAGCUGAUGAUGUGCAAGGCAGUCAUCCUGCCGACGCUGCUUUAUGGAGUGGAGACCUGGACUGUGUACAAGAAGCAGGCGCGAAGACUCAAUCACUUUCACCCCAGCUGUCUCCGGUGGACACUGAAGCUGAGAUAG